UUCCUGCUUAAUCAUUGCUGCUCUUGCGUCACGUCAUCAAUCACGGAUCCAUGCGAGCCACAGAGGAUUGUCUCAAAGUGGGGACAAGUUGUGCCACGUCAGCCUCACCCGGAAGUACUCGCGGCGGUCAAUCGUACGUAAGCUAGCUAGUUAAUUUUCCGUGACCGUGCCCGUAUUUCAUUAGGCGAAAGAAGAUAAUUACUGGUAGAUCCUAAAUACGGAUCGCUAUGGAACCAAAAUUCCCAAAAAUGCAAAGUGCAAAGUCAGAAUUAGGAAUAAGAGAACACAGCAUUUGGAUAAAAAUCAACAAAAAUCACACCAGUCUGAACAAAAAUCUUAAAUAUAUAUAAAAAAAGGGAGAACAAAUAACACAAUACCAAAUAAGCAUGAAACAUAGUUACUGUUGGCGCAAAUCUAGGACCAACACACGAACGCACUCGAACGUGCAGCAUGUGGAGCCGCUCCUUGCAGCACCUCUACGAGAUCCAAGUCAGACUAGUUUGAAGGUUGAGAUUCAGGUCAGACUAGUUUGAAGGCCGAUCAGACUGGUUUCGCCAGCGAGUCCAGCGAAGAAACCAACGAACGCACACCCAGGAGGGACCCCGUCAGGGUAGACGCACCUUGGGUUGCCCUAGGCUCGACAGCCCAGCUAGAGCGCCUCCUCAUGCCAUGAAGACAGGAGAAGAACAACACAUGGGGUUGGAAAAGUAGAGUAAAGAGAAAGAAAGGUAAAACAAUAAAAGAUAGAUUUGAUAGAUUCGAUUGGAAUUCUCUCAAUCGGCCGCGACCCUUUAUAUUUAUAAGGAGAGGAGGUCUUGCCACUUUGAGAGUCGAAACCCUUACAAAUCCCGUGUCAAAACACAACUCCUAACUUGGACUACACAGAUCAAACCGAUCUGACCGUCCUGGCAAACCGGUACGAUCGAUUUUCCCGGAUGCUGAACUUCCUAGGUCAUAACUCUCUCAUCCGAGCAUUCUACAUAUGCAUUUUGAUCUACUCGAUGAGAGCUACGUAAACCGAUCUGACCGGUUCAAAGACCUACUCGUCCAGAUAUGCCAAUUUUAACUCUAACAGUUACAUCUAUUAUGAAAUAUGUUUUUUUAUAAUCUGAUUCUUUGAAACAGUUGAUGCUAGUACUCGCCCUAAACUUUAUUGAGGCGCACGGCAGAACCCAUCAGGGUAGUAAGCAGUGCUAGGCAUGCCAGAGCCGCCACGGCCACGGUAUAUAACUGUAUAAGAAAGGCCAGGUCAGCGAAGAUUCUCAUUUCACGGGUAUGCGGUGCCCGCGUCGUCGGUCAAAAGCGCAGCAAAAACAAUUCUGGGGAUUCAAGAUGGGUGCAGGAAAAUGUGUUUUCCUUUCAGGAUUUGUUUCUUGACCAUACACACACACACACACUUACUGACUAAUAACACGCUUUUCCUAGCCGUCAUCUAUCUUCUUCUCCUUCCUCCCUUCUCUCUCUAGUCAUAUUGUGCACACGGCUAUCGUCUCUCUCUCUCUCUCUCCCCAUUGGCAUGCCACCGCUUUGCAGUAUUAGGCAGGCCUAGGAAGUAGGUAGGCAAGCCAUCGAAAACUACUCGCAAGAGCAGAGACCGGCGGUGUGAACUGGCUGCCUACAUGCGCCAACUCUUCCUCCUCUUCCUCUUCCUCCCCCAUGGAACCUUCUCCGCAACCGCCGCCGCCGGCGGCGGGUGCAACCGCCGGUGCAACGGCAGCCCCGUUCCCUACCCCUUCGGCUUCUCCGGCGACUGUCCCAUCCUCCUGAGCUGCAACGCCACAGCUUCCACGCCGCAGCUCCGCACGGGCAGCACCGCGGCCGCGCCGUAUCCGAUCCUCUCGUUCAACUCCACGCGCUCCACCUUCGUCGUCUCCCUGGUGCCGUUGUGCAACCGCACCGUCGGUGACGCCAACGCGUCGCUCAACGUGGCGUCGCAGAACGGCGCCGCCGGCUACGGCGUCUCCUCUCAGACCGGUCUCUUCCUCCGCGGCACUUGCAGCGGCGCUACGCCGAAGGCAUCCAACUGCAGCGCCCCCGCAGACAUCAUGGCGAAGCUGCUCAAAACGGCGCGGUGCGUCAACGACACCGCCUGGACGUGCGUGGGCUCGCCACCGCCGAGCAUCACCGCGGCGGAGAAUAGCAAGGAACGUGGAGCGUUCCUGGAUUGGGGGGCCGUGGAGGCCGCCGGGUGCGAGGACGCGCUGACGACGGCGACGGUGUACGGGAUCGCGCCGGCGGGGGUGCCAUCGCUGGAGUUCGGCGUGGCGGAGCUGGGGUGGUGGCUCAACGGGACUUGCGCGAACGCCACCGGCGGCGGCGAGUGCGCGCACAACGCGACGUGCCACAACGUGCAGACGCCGAGCGGGGCGUGGGGUCACCGGUGCGCGUGCCGGGACGGGAUGACCGGCGACGGGUUCGCCGCCGGCGAGGGGUGCCACUACGGCGCGGAGCGCUCCAAGAAGAAGUUUCUCCUCGUAGUUGCAGGUGUUGUGGCGGGUGUUGCGGCGGCCGCCGGCGCUCUUCUGCUCUGCUGGGUGCAAUGCCGGCGGUGCAAGGCCGGGCGGUCGAGCUCGGAGCGGCUGGCGGCGAUGCGUCUGCUGUCGGAGGCGGCGACGUCGAGCGGCGUGCCGGUGUACUCGUACGCCGAGGUGGCGCGCGCCACCAACUCCUUCUCCCACACGCACCGCCUCGGCACGGGGGCGUACGGCACCGUCUACGUCGGCAAGCUCCCGGCGAGCGCGCCGGCUCUCGUCGCCAUCAAGCGCCUCCGCAGCCGCCACCACCACGAGGAUGACGACGACGACGCCGCGGCGGCGGCGGCUCUGUUGCUCAACGAGAUCAAGCUCAUAUCGUCGGUGAGCCACCCCAACCUCGUCCGCCUCCUCGGCUGCUGCCUCGACCGCGGCGAGCAGAUCCUCGUCUACGAGUACGUCCCCAACGGCACGCUCUCCCAGCACCUCCUCGCCGGCGACAGCGGCGGCGGCGGCCGGGGACGCAGCCGGUUAACGUGGCGCGCGCGGCUCGGCGUGGCGGCUGAGACGGCGGCGGCCAUCGCGUACCUGCACGGGAUGCGGCCCCCCAUCUUCCACCGCGACGUCAAGUCCAGCAAUAUCCUCCUCGACGGUAGCCUCCGCCCGAAGCUCGCCGACUUCGGCCUGUCCCGCGCCGCCGGCCGCCUCGGCGAGGCGACGCGCUCGCACGUCUCCACCGCGCCGCAGGGCACGCCGGGGUACGUCGACCCGGAGUACCACCAGUGCUUCCACCUCUCCGACAAGAGCGACGUGUACAGCUUCGGCGUCGUGCUGCUCGAGCUCAUCACCGCCAUGAAGGUCGUCGACUUCGACCGCCCCGCCGCCGAGGUCAACCUAGCCUCCCUCGCGCUCGACCGGAUCGGCAAGGGCAGAGUCGGCGAGAUCGUGGACCCGGCGAUCCUCGGCGGCGGCGAGGAGUGGGUGAUGGAGUCGGUCCGGCACGUUAGCGAGCUGGCGUUCCGGUGUCUGGCAUUCCACAAGGACGUCCGGCCGGCGAUGUGCGAGGUCGCCGCCGAGCUUCACCGGAUCAGGGACGCCGCCCCGGACUCCGACUCCGACUCCGGGUCCGGGCUCAGGCCUAUGAUGGACGUCCAGAUCGACCUGAGCUUGGAUGGAGCGGAGACGGUGGGAAAGAAGGUGGCGGUCUCGCCCGUGUCGGUGCAGGAGGUGUGGGUCAGCGACCAGAGCUCGCCGUCGACCAACGGCUCCAUGCCGCGCUUUGUUGCAUAGUAAAAGCUAGUUCUUGUACACCGAUGAGGAAACCAAUGUAAUUCAACAACAUUUUUUUUAUCUCUUUUCUUCACUGUACAAGAUGACAUCCGUUGUUGUAUACUAGGUUAUCUGACAACAUAAAAAUAUGCGAUAUACAACAUUAUCCAUUUUUUUUUGAAAAAAAUUGUAUAACAGGUUAUCUUAAAACA